AUGUCGGAUUCUUCAACCAAGGAAGAGACAAUCCAUAAACCACACUGCAAGAGGAAUGUCUCUGGCGAACUUGACGUCUUCGAAGCAACUCAAUAUUUCUCCGACUUCAACGAAUCAACAACGAUCGCGUACUCAAGAAUCCAGAUUCAGAAGCAGACCAUUGCCACUGAACAUCGACAAAACAGAGUCCACCCUGUAACCAGAGUCGUCCUGAAGCCGCAUGAGAAGGAGAUGACACGUGGUGGUGGUGGGAAGCUAGCCGGUUUCUUGAACUCUCUUCUUCGUUCAGCGGGUCUAAAGAAGUCAAAGUCAAAGCUCACUCCAGAGGUGGAGACUCCACGAGGAGAAAGGAGGAGGAGGAAUAGCUGCGUCGUGGUGACCACACAAGCCGCAGGUGCUUCCCCGAUCCCGGGUGCCGGCGUGUGGCGUUUAAACGCGCGGAGGAGAAGCUUUGAUGAGAAACAAGUGAAGGAUUCCAAGAACUUGAACAUAAGGUUUUGUGAGAGUAUCUGGUUGGACCAGAAGGUUGAGUGUAAAGAUCGAAAUGCAGGAAUAGAUGAUGUAAAUGGUGGCUGCGAGAUUACUGAUUCAAGUUCCGAAUCGGAUCUUUUUGAGUUGGAUUUGUUUGCGAAAUCAAACCCCUAA